CAUCCUUGCGUUGCCUGAGCAGGAACACUAACACAGACCUGGGUCAGCAGUGAUUACCAGCAGGUGCACAGAUGUCUGGAGCAGAGGGGGGCUGAGAGCAACCGGAGCAAAGUUUGGAUGGUUUGUGCACUGACACCAAGAGCACCAUGUCUUUAGUGAAAAGGACACCUGUGUUGCCUUCCCUCCGUGGACAACAAGCCAGCAGCCCCGCUCCGAGGCGGCACAGCCGGGGGAACUCUGCUCUGAUCUGACCACCCGCCGGGAUUGUAAGUGGAUGGAAAACCUAGAGGUGUGAAAAAAAAUGCGGGUGUGGUGGAUUUUACUGCUUGGUGUUUGGAAUGUCUGUGGGGAACUGCCAUUCAUAGCGGAGAACAACGCAGCUAUGUUGGUCAACUGGAAUGCUGCCAGUGGAAAUAAAAAGCUCUAUGCUAUUUAUGAUACGAGCGUCAAUGAGCCGGGGAACAUGUCCUUCGUCAAAGAGACUGUGGAUAAACUGUUAAAAGGAUAUGAUAUUCGUCUCCGGCCAGACUUUGGAGGUGCACCAGUUGCAGUUGGCAUGAGUAUAGAUGUGGCAAGUAUCGACAUGGUGUCAGAAGUUAACAUGGACUACACGCUGACUAUGUACUUCCAGCAGUACUGGAGAGAUAAGAGGCUGGCCUACUUGGGGAUCCCCCUCAACUUGACACUAGACAACAGAGUAGCAGACCAGCUUUGGGUCCCGGACACCUACUUCCUCAAUGACAAAAAGUCCUUUGUGCACGGUGUCACCGUGAAGAACAGAAUGAUCCGACUCCACCCAGAUGGCACAGUGCUCUAUGGCCUCAGAAUCACAACGACAGCUGCCUGCAUGAUGGAUCUGAGGCGGUACCCGCUGGACGAGCAGAACUGCACUCUGGAAAUUGAGAGCUAUGGUUACACAACGGAUGAUAUAGAGUUCUACUGGAAGGGGGGAGACAACGCUGUGACUGGGGUGACGCGCAUCGAGCUCCCUCAGUUCUCCAUCGUUGACUACAAGUUGGUUUCCAGGAACGUGGUCUUUUCCACCGGUGCCUACCCUCGACUAUCUCUGAGCUUCAAGCUGAAGCGAAACAUCGGAUACUUCAUCCUGCAGACGUACAUGCCCUCCAUCCUUAUCACCAUCCUAUCCUGGGUGUCGUUCUGGAUAAAUUAUGACGCCUCUGCUGCCAGAGUUGCAUUAGGGAUCACCACUGUGCUGACCAUGACAACCAUCAACACGCAUCUGAGAGAAACGUUACCCAAAAUCCCCUACGUCAAGGCUAUAGACAUGUACCUGAUGGGCUGCUUCGUCUUUGUUUUCCUGGCCCUCCUGGAAUAUGCCUUCGUCAACUACAUCUUCUUUGGCCGAGGUCCCCGGAUGCAGAAGAAACAGGCUGAGAAGGCAAUGAAGGCGAAUAAUGAACGCAAUAAGUUUGACAGGCCCAAGACCAUUCUGGAGGAAGUCAAUUGCAAGUUUUCGUCUCUUAAACUGUCCAAUCAGGUACAAGGGCGUCGUCACUCACGACGGAUCGACUCUCAAGGGAACAUUUUGCUGACAACCUUGGAGAUCCACAACGAGGUGGGAAGUAACGAGAUCACCACCACCCUGAGUGAGACUCACAACUCCUCCUCCAUGGCGUUUGACAACUCUGAGGUCCAGUACAGGAAGCCGAGUGCAUCACAUGAAUCAGGACGCCCCAGCCUGACCAGGAAUGCACAUCCUAAGAAAACACACCUGCGGAGACGAUCAUCGCAGCUCAAAAUCAAAAUCCCUGACCUCACCGAUGUGAAUACCAUCGACAGGUGGUCACGGAUUAUCUUCCCCUCCAUCUUCUCCUUCUUCAACGUCAUCUACUGGCUUUAUUACGUCAAUUAACACACUGUGCUUUUUAAACCCACCCGUAUCUCAUUCUAGUUUUUUAAAAAGACUUCUUGAUGUGACACCCCUGACUUGGUGAAAUCCUAACCAUUUUUUAUCAUAGCAAGGGAAGAGUUUGAUGAGGGAGCUGUAACUCUCUCUACAUGCAGGUAAAAAAAGGAUUUAACUUGACACAAUUGUUUUACAAAAACUCACAUGUACAGUCGGUCACUCUCUGCUCCAACCUCUGUUAACACUUAGGCUGCAGUUUUGUACCUGCAAAAGGUAGUUUGCACAGGUUAACGUUUGCCGUUACCUCUGUUACAAAACAUCAGUAUUACAUUGUGUUUCAUAAUAUUAUUGUAUCCUCUGCAAGAUUCAUGUCUCAGUUUUAGUUGUACGUCAGUCCUGACAUCGACAAAUAUGGAUAUCCUGAUCUAUACAGACAGUGUGGCUUUACGACCUGGUAAUGUUUUGUGAUCAGUCUGGAUUUGCAAAGUAGGUCUGCUCUUUGGGAAAUAAUGCUUGGUUUGGUUUAUUGCCAUAAGUUACACCUUGUUUCCAAAUAUGUCAUGCAUGCAAAUCCACUGUCCAUUCAUGGCUAGGCGGUCAGAUGUACAAAACUCUGACUUUUGUUUCUCCUUUUGCAUCAAGUGUACUGAAGUUUUUAGGUAAACCAGGACUGAAACGAUGUCAAAAAGAAAAGGUGCAAUAGCACAUUUUGUGACAUGAAAACAUCCUCCAACCCUGCUUCUCCUCGUAGAUCAGUGAUCACAGGGAGAUGCACCUGCUGAUGCGUUAAUGUCUAAGAAGGAAGCUCUAUAUCAGCUUUUAAAAACAUCAAAACUUAGACGUUUAAACUGAUCGUGAAAAACCCCACUUUUAAAUGUAUCCUGCAUUUAUUGUACCCCAGAAGUGGCAGCUCAAAGCCAUAAUGCCAUAAUGAGUUAAAAUAAGGCAGAGUUAGUGUUAGUCAGUGAUGCAAUUCUGUAAUAAUGUUGCUUUUUCCAGUAACAAGCAGCGUAACUAAUUACUGUCAGAAUUUCAGUAAUAUCAUUACCAUUAGUACAUAAUGAAAUAACUUAUUAAAAUUUUGGGGGGAUUAAAUGGAUUUUUGUAUAAAGUUUGCAAAAGGAUUGCUCAUGAUUUUAUAGACUUUCUUACCAAAUUACGACCACCAUUAUUGAUAUUGGACCAAACCUUUUAUGUGUUUAAACUGGACCAGCCUGUUGAUACUGACAAGAAUGAGAAUGUUGAAAUGAGGAUAAAAAAUGUAGCAUUCUUGGAGAUUACCAGCCUGACAGAUCAGACUUCAAUGAUUAUCAGUUGCAUAGACAUUUACCUCCCAAAGGAAUAAUUUGAGUUCUGUCUUCUGUUUGAUUUAAAAAAAAAAGGUCUGAAUCUUAAACUGUUAAUGCCAAAGCCGAUUCAAACGGCCGUUCAUCCUCAGCUGCAGCCAUCUACACCGUUUACAUCCUGAUUACGUCGCUGUCGUGUUAAGCCCGCCCAGAGACCCUCUAUACAAGAGUAGACUGAUUUGAUUGGCUCUCCAAGACUUUGAGCAUAUUUGAUACGCUCCAGAAGGAUAGCUAGACGUAGGUUAAACUUGCUAGUGGCGUGUCUAGAUUUCUUGGCUGGGAGAUUACAGAUACCACUCAAAUGGACAAAAUGAUGACCACUAUUUUUCUCCCUCCUCACCACAGAUGUGCUUCACGUACUGCCGGUAUUUAUGGCUACAGGAAAAGGCUAUGUGUAGUUUUGAGCCUGAAGCCAUAUUCCUUCAGGACCAGUUUUAUCUUUAGAAAGUGCUGUUUUCAGAAUGAUAACCAGCUGUUGAAAGUCAAUUCUUGCAAAUUAUGACAUUUCAAAGACUUCAGCUGUUUUUUUUCUGGCAUGCACCAGAAAGUAUUAUAACAACGAAUACAAAAAAUAACUUUUGGCAUGAAGUAACAUACAGUAUAGAGUAAUAAUAUUACCUUUGUAAAGAGCAAAAAGGAAUAAAUUACUUUGUGUUGAGUAAACCCUGAUUUACUCUUCUUACUUUUUCUCUUCAAAACUACACCUUAGGUACGGUGUCAGUGUGAACCCAAUGAAGUAGCUACAGCAAAGCCCAACAGGCGUCUCUCUCCAAAUGUAUGUACGCGCUGAGUUGAUGCAAACAUCAAGAAACGGAAUUGGCAGAUUUGUUCUUCAUUUUUGCCAUUGCUGUUUCUUCUUCGCCGUUUUCAAGUCAAGUAGAACAGUAGUUUGCUUCAAUGUCUGUGAAAAUGACUGAUGUUCAACAUUCAUCAACUCUAACUUGCCGAAAAUAUACUUUAUUUGCUCCGCUGCUAUGUUUGAGCUACAUGCAUGAAGUAAACUGAGGGAAACUUUGGGAGACAGAAAGAGAACCUGCACUGCAGCCUAGCAGUUGGUGGCGUCCUUACAGAGCAACACACACAAUUACGUAAAAGUAUAAACGCCAGAGUAGGCCCCAAGCAGAAGUAUAAAUGAACCAACACUGGGCACAAGUCUUCUGAAGAUGGAUGUGUAGUUGAACUGACCGGUAGGGCUUUUCCACCAAAGUGGUUUCAGUGCUAGUUUGGUGAUGAUUACUUUUUGACCACCGGCUGAAACAAAGCACCAGCAAACUAGCAAACUAGUUCUUUGUAGAACCUGUUUAGAACUGGCUCUAGCACCAGCACCGAUUUUGAGUUGGUGGAAAAGCCCUAUGAGUGAACCCACCCCCUAAUGGCUGCUAUGAAAGGAGCUGUGAAGACACAGUUGGACCAGGAGCUCUUCUACUCUAUCUCUGUGGCAUCACGGCCCAAGCAUCUCACAGACAAGAUAUCAGGAGGUUCUGUAAUAAAAACAAGUCAUACAUUAAAAAUUAAAGUUCUAAAUACUUACGCUAUGCAGAAUAAACAAAUGAGAUGCGAGUAAUUAAUGUGAAUUAAGGUUGUUUAUAAUAUGGUCUCGUUUAAGAAAUAAGAGUAGUGGAAGACAGAUCUUGCUACAGAUCUAUGCGAUAUUCUUAUAAAAACAAGCUAAAUGCUAAUUUGAAGCAAGCCUAAAUAAGCAUCUAAACUUCAGCAAUUAAAUGCAGUCCACACUAUACCGUUCUUUGUCACCCUGGAAAUUUAAGAUACUAAAAGCAGGUGCAACUAGUAAAUGCUGUGGUUGACCAUUCUGGCCUCAUUUUCAUGUGUGACGGAUGUGUCAUGGUUAUAUAUUACAAUCUAAAAUCUAAAACAAUUUGGAUUACUUUUAAGUUUCAUGUUUAAAAUUUGGAUAUUUUAUGGUUCCUUUUUAUGAUAUUGAUAUGUGUCCUUUGUUGUGGUCACUUGGCUAUGAUACUUUUGCUGUUUUGUACUGGUUAAAUAACGAUUCAAAAAAUUCCAGGUGCCUGAUACGGCAGUAAGAUUACCUUUCUCUCAUGUAGAAGGACCUGCGGUGCAUGUAGAUCUAAAUGGUUCAUGAUUAGGUUAUAAAAACAUAGCUGUUUAUUUAGAAAAGCAGUUCAGCGCAUUUUGCAGUAAUAUAUAAUCCAUCCAUCCAUCCAUCCAUUAUCCAUAACGGUGACAUUCUUGUUACAUACUGUUGGUUUAACCUUUUUGAGAGCUAUGACUAAUAAUUAAAAUGCACUAAUAUAAACAAGCUCAGAACAUUGAAAAACUGCAAAAACAAAGCUGGGUAUUUACGGCAUGAAUAGAUAAGACCGACAGUCAGAACUCGGUGGCAGCCACGGAUCUAAAGGACGACGGUGGAUAUCAACUCUGUGUGUGUAAAUAUAUCUAUGAGUUCUGCCUUUAUGUCAUUUGUCUUGUUCUGUUACUAUGAUUGCAGGUGUAUAUUCCUUAAAGGUGGGGUAGGAAAUCAUAUGAAAUGGGGUUUUUAAGACGCGUUUUAGUUACUAUAGGUGUUUUUAUUUAUUAUUUAUUUUUUAUUUUUUUGGGCCAUGACAGCACUGAAUUAAAUGUUUAUUAUUCAUGUUGAAAGAGAAUUUCCAGUAAUGUAUCAAAAGGUACUUCAAAAAAAGAUCUUCUGUUUAACCUUUAAACCCAGUUGGGGAACACAGGUCAAAUUUCUGAAAUUAAUGCAAAACGAAAUACAUUUCCUAGCACUAAAACUUGAGCGCAUGCACUGGACACAUCUGAAAGCAAGGUGAACAGUUAAAUGAGUUGAUGAGUGCCAUUCUCAUGUCUGAUCAUGUAAAGUGACAGUCAGCAGCUUUUAGCUUAGCUUAGCAUAAAGACUGGAAACAGGCGAGAAAAAGAUAAGAGUAUUUCUCUAAAUAUGCAUUUUAUUUUUUAAAUUACUUUGAAAUCACUGUCACCAUCUGUUUUGUUUUGCUUGCUGUUUUGCUUACAGGAUGGACUGGACUUUCCUGUGGUUAGCCAGGGCUGAUCCUGCGUGAUGAUGUCAAAGCGUAACUGAUUUCAAAUCGCUCAAAGGAAUAUUUAGGGACUUCAGCUUCUCUGCUGCUUUGGCACACGGAAGGCUGAUACCUCUAGCUUUUCUAUUUAAUGUAACUUAGUUUAAAUGUAUGAAACAACUAAAAAACAUAUGGCCUAAUAUCACCUUUGAUGCCAAGUUACACAUUACAUCACAUUUGCUUUAACCCACACCCAAACCAAAGCACGGGAACAAAGAUGGUGGGAGGUUUAUAUUGUAAGAAUUGUUUGACUGAACGGAGUGACAGUCAUUUAUGUGUUUACUGGUCAAUUAUACACGAUAUUGUGGAUUAUUUUUGUGAUCCUCACAGGUGUUAGUGAAUGUUUUAGAUUUAUUUUUUUAACAACUAAGUAAAACUUAAUGUUUCCUGUCUUAAUGCUGCUGCAGUUAUGCAAACCAUCGUGUAGCUGUAGAAAAAUACGACAGUGGCUUCAUUCUUACAACACAAGACAACAAAUACAAGAAACAACGGCCCAUAAAGCUUAUGUUACUGCACAUAAGUUACCAAUUUGCAACAUUUUCUGUAUUUUUAACACCAAUCAUGAGUUACAAGACUGUUAAACGUCAUCAGGCUUUUAUGAUAAACUUGUGAAAUAUAUGAUCAGUUUACAAAUUUUUUUUCACUGUGCUCUUUGUACUGUCAACACAAACUUUUAUUGAUUUUUCUAAAGAAAAAUAGAAAAAGAAAAUGUUAUUUGCUAAAGCAGAUUUCACAUACAGCAACUUCCUUUUUUCUUUCAGGCUGCACGCUGUAAGCACACUGUCAGGGUCACUGUUGCAGAUUUGAAAUUGAUUUUCCAUGCUCAAAUAUCUUUAUUUUACCUGGGACUUGAUGUAUAUACUGUAAUUGCACAUUUUCUCUCAGCUGGCAUUAUUCUCACGGCUAUGUUGUCACCAUUGUUUUGCUCUUUGAUAUUUGGCCUUGCUGUUUUGUUUUGUUAGUCUGUACAUGACGUUAUAUUUUUCCUAUUGGUGAUUGAAAAUAUAAAACACAAAAUCACAGUUUGAGAAUAUUUCGUUCUUUCCUGAAGGUGCAGCAUGGAAAAGCUCAAAUAAAGAAGGAACUGGGGCCGUAUAAUAUACACACAUAUUAGUAUAUAUUAUACAUGUGGUAUACAUAUAGUAUACAUGUGGAGAGAGAGCGAGAGAGAGAGGAAAUAAUAAAAUCAAACUCCCAACAGCCAGAGCUUGCAAUGCACCGCCAGCAGUGCUUGGUUGAGCGACUUGCAGUGCGUAGGAGUGACACCAACUGUCUUGGAUUCACAGAGCUCCCUGAUGGAGACCAAUGUUUUCAAGCGAUCAAAUUAAAAUGACAAAUAAAACACCCUCCAUGAGUGUGUGAGUGUGUGUAAUGUCGUGUUCUAUGGAUGGAUGAUAAAAUAGUUUUUAAUAUUCCUUACUUUUCUUAAAAGAAGUAUGGUAGAGAGAAGCAUGCAACCAAAAUAAAUGAUACUAUUGGGAGGUAGGAAAUUUGGUAA